AUGGACGUGACGUUCGAGACGCCGCGGGGGCGGCGGUUCGUGGUCGAGGUGUGGUACUUCGCCACGGUGCGGGAGAUGAAGGAGGCGGUCCACAGGCGCGAGGGCAUCCCCGUGGCGUCGCAGCGGCUCUUCUACGACGGCCGCGAGCUCGACGACGCCCGCGACACCGCGCACUACUCUAUACUCCAGGGCUCCCGCGUCCUCCUCCUCCUCCCCGACGACAACCCCUCCCCAGUCCCCGCCACCGGCCCCGCCGACGUCCGAGUCAUCGUCUCCGCGCCGGCGCUAGGGCGCAGCGUCGCGCUCGACCUCCGCGCCUCCGACACCGUGGCGCGCCUCAAGGAGCUCCUGCAGGACCGCACCGACGGCGCGCUGCCAGAGGCCAGGACGGCCGUGUUCUUCGACAAGGCGGAGAUGGAGGACGGCAAGACGCUCUCGGAGUACGACCCGCCGGUGGACGGGAUGGAGGUCAGCGUCGUGGUGCGCCAGCCCCCCGCGGGGGGCGGCAACUCGGUCGGGGCCAGGAACAACCAGCAGCAGAGGAUGGCGGUGAAGGUGAAGUGGGGCGCGAAGGUGGUGGCGCUGGAGGUGGGCGCAAUGGACGCCGUCCGGGACCUCCGGCGGGAGGUGGAACGGGUGGCGCCGCACCUCCGCCUUCCCGAGCGCGACGGCGGAGGCGGGUACGGCUACUUCUUGGUGUACAAGCAGAACGUGAUGGAGGAGGAGCGCACGCUGCGGUGGCACGAGGUCAAGAACGGCGACACCAUCGAGAUCUUCAACGGCAGCGUCACCGGCGGCGCGUGA